CGUUGGCUCUGGGGGUUCCCAGGGCAGCUCACACUCCAGAAUCCACCCCCCCCCACCCCUUGCAGGUGGCCAUGAGAACCUGGGGCGGGAGUGCAGGGGCUGUGGGACCCCUAGCUGCUCUUUGCAGCGCCCAGCCCAGGUGGGAGCACAUACAGUAUUCUAAUGGGCAGUCAAGAUGCCUGAGCCGUGGCGGGCCUCUGAGCGACAGCUCCGCUGCCUGUGACCAGGACAUGCCCCCUCAGGGGGGGUUCCGUCCUCAGCCUGGGUGCGCAGGCACAGAGGGACCCCUGGACCCAGACCACCUGGUUCACAUACUGGCUCCAUCCCUUACUGCUGAACCCCCAGCGCCUAGGCCUGUCCCCCUGAGGAGUGGGGGUGCACCUGCCUCCCGGGGUGGUCCUGAAGAUGCCUGCUCCGUGCCAGUCUCUGAGAUCAUCACCGUUGAGGAAACAGACAGUCAUGGGAAAGACUACAGCAGCGGAAAAUGGCAGAAAAUCGAAAAGCCCCACGCUUUCACAGUGCACCGAGUGAGGAGAGCCCGGCGCCACCGCUGGAAGUGUGCACAGGUGACUUUCUGCUGUGCCGAUGAGCAGCUGUGUCACCUGUGGCUACAGACCCUCCGGGAGCAGCUUGAGAAGCUGACAUCUAGACCAAAGCAUUUACUAGUGUUUAUCAACCCGUUUGGAGGGAAAGGACAAGGCAAACGGAUAUAUGAACGGAAGGUGGCACCACUAUUCACGUUAGCCUCCAUCACCACUGAAAUCAUUGUUACUGAACGUGCCAAUCAUGCCAAGGAGAGUAUAUAUGAGAUGAAUAUAGAUAAAUAUGACGGAAUCGUCUGCGUCGGCGGAGACGGCAUGUUCAGCGAGGUUCUGCACGGCCUGAUCGGCAGGACGCAGAGGAGCGCGGGCGUGGACCCGAACCAGCCGCGGGCGGCGCUGGUGCCCAGCCCCUUGCGUAUUGGCAUCAUCCCGGCAGGGUCAACAGAUUGUGUGUGCUACUCCACGGUUGGCAUAAACGAUGCAGAAACAUCAGCCCUGCACAUCAUCGUGGGGGACUCGCUGUCCAUGGACGUGUCCUCCGUGCACCGCAACGGGGCGCUGCUGCGGUACUCGGUGUCCUUGCUGGGGUACGGCUUCUACGGCGACAUCAUCAAGGACAGCGAGAAGAAGCGGUGGAUGGGUCUCAUCAGAUACGAUUUCUCAGGUUUGAAGACCUUUUUGUCACAUCACUGUUAUGAAGGAACAGUGUCUUUCCUGCCAGCACAGCACACAGUGGGAUCUCCAAGGGAUAGCAAACCAUGCCGGGCUGGGUGCUUUGUUUGCAGGCAAAGCCGGCAGCAGCUGGAGGAGGAGCAGAAGAAGGCGCUGUACGGCUUAGAGAGCACGGAGGAGGUGGAGGAGUGGAAGGUCGUCUGCGGGAAAUUCCUGGCCAUCAACGCCACAAACAUGUCCUGUGCUUGUCCCCGGAGCCCCAGGGGCCUCUCCCCGGCCGCCCACUUGGGAGACGGGUCUUCGGACCUCAUCCUCAUCCGCAAAUGCUCCAGGUUCAACUUCCUGCGAUUCCUCGUCAGGCACACCAACCAGCACGACCAGUUUGACUUCGCAUUUGUUGAAGUUUAUCGCAUCAAGAAAUUCCAGUUUGUGUCGAAGCAUGUGGAGGACGAUGACGCGGACCUGAGCGAGCAGGGAAAGCAGCGGUUUGGGCACAUUUGCAGUCACAACCCCUCGUGCUGCUGCACCGUGUCCAAUAGUUCCUGGAACUGUGACGGGGAGAUUCUGAACAGCUCUGCCAUCGAGGUCAGGGUCCACUGCCAGCUGGUCCGGCUGUUCGCACGAGGAAUCGAAGAAAAUCCUAAGCAAGAAUUUCUCAGCUGAAGCCAUCGGGGACCACCUGCCCGGAUCCUCGCUGUGCUCGGGAGCGUGAAAACCAUCUAAGGGAACACUACAGACCAAUUAUGUGCAUACAUAGUUACAUUUAGAAGUUUAUUUUUGAUAGUUAAAUCUUGAUUUUAGAAAGAAUAACUUUUGUCAACA